GGUUUUCUCUUUCAGUGUUUGCCUGGAGCCAGGGCGCUGGCUUGCUGCCUCCCUGCAGCCAUGCACUCCCUCGUGUUCCUCUGUGCACAGAAGGCGGUUUCCCACCACUCCACAGUGCGCGGUGCCUUGGAGUUCAUCCCAAAGGAGUUGUACCCAGUCUUGUUCAAGGCGGCCUUCAUGGACAAGAGGACCCUCGUGCUGCAGGAUCUGGUGCAGACGUGGCCUUUCCCGGUACUCAGCUUCCAGAAGCUUUUACGGAAGUGUCAGCACUGCGACCGCGCUCUGCUCCAGGAAAAGCCCAACAAGCUUUGUGUGCAGACUGUCAUCCUGGGAGUGGUGGCCUACCUGAACGAGGCUCUAGACGACCAGCUCCACAGCCAAAGCAGGAGGCAGCGCCUGCAGGUUCUGGACAUGACCGGGCUUCAGGAUGAUGGAAUAGACCAGGGCCCCGAAAGCAUGAGCCUGUGGUCCAGGACAGUGACGCUGGCGAAAGCCUGCAUUGACGUUUCCAAACACCAGAGCAAGUGCGCCAAGCGCACCUCAAAGCGACGGAAGGGCCCCUACAGCAGCUCGGUGGCUCUGCCGCCGCCACGGCCUGUGUCCGUGGAGGUCCACGUGGAUCUCUUUGUGAACAGCACCUCUUACGGAGUGCUUAAAGACGCCUUGCAGAACAACGCCAACAGCGUGCUGCGGCUGAAGUGCCGGGACUUCAGGGCGGAGGAGCUGCCCAUUGCAAGCACCGUAGGGCUCCUGGAGUUCCUGGAUCCCACGGGGGUUCGGCAGGUGGAUCUGAGAUUCAAUAACCUGGGGCUGUCUGGUCUGAGGGUGAUUCUCCCGCACAUGGCAAAAUUCACCAACCUGCUCAGCCUGAAGCUGCCCUACAGCAACAUUGAUGUGAGGCGGCUCUCCGCGGGCAUGGAAGGAAGCCUCCACUACUUCGCCACCCAGCUCAGUAGAUUGUCCCGUCUCAAGGAGCUGAAUUUGGGCUCCUCCAGGCUUUCCGGAAAACUAAAGCAACUGCUGGGCGAUUUGCAGGGUCCCUUGGAGAGUCUGGAGCUGGCCUUCUGCUACCUGCUCCCCAAUGACCUGGCCUACCUUUCCCAAAGCCUUCACACCCCCACUCUGAAGAAGCUGGACCUUAGCGGCAACAACUUAUCCGACUCACUUCUCCAGCCCUUCCAGCGUCUCCUGGAGGAGGCCUCCUCAUCUCUGCUCCACCUGGACAUCAUGGAGUGCCGCCUGAUGGAUAUCCACCUGGAGUCGCUUCUCCCCGCCCUGUGCCGCUGCUCUCGCCUUCGCUACCUGGGGGUGUUUGGCAACCCCCUCUCCACACGGGGGUUGAAGAACUUGCUGCAGAGGACCAUGGGCUUGUUGUACUUGCAGCUCGUCAUUUAUCCCUACCCCGUGGACUGCUACAGUGAGAACCUGCCCUGGCCCCCCACCUCCUCUAACCUCUUGAAUGGGUCUGUGGAUGAAGAGAAGUUCUCCAGGGUGAGUGCUGAGCUGCAGCAGAUGCUGCUUACCGCAAGCCGGGCCAACGCCGUCUGGACUACGAACUUAUGCAGGCAUAAUACCCUGGAUUAUUUUAACUUGUAGCUCAUGGGAAUGCAGAAUGAAGGAGACACCAAACUGAUCGGGCUGAUAGUUUUUAAUGCCCUGGCAAAACCGUGAGGGUCACCAGAAGCAGCAACACCACUUUUCUACCCUUUUUUUAACAGCAUCGAAUCAUGGCAUGAAUUCAAAUGGGAGUUCUCGUCUCCUCUUCCAAACAGAGGUGCAGUAAAGCUGAACUUCAAGCCACCAGCUCUAUGCCUCUCUGUCUGUGGCUUAUCCCGGUAGUGCCGUUGCUCUCCUGUCUUGCUGUGCCUCUGGCCCCCUUACCCUGUGCGGGUUAUUACAUGCACCUUACAUCGCGCUGCAGAGUUGUUAGCAAAGUCUGCUAGCAGAGUUCAAAGCCAGCAGCUGGACAAUGAGAAAUCCCCCUUCCAAAAAACACCAAUCCAUUCUAGCCUCCUGGCAGCCUACUCUUCUCUUUCUCUGUGUGGAUUACCUCAUCUGAAAACCUCUGUCCAUUUCUAAUGUAGCCCUUCAUUCUCUCACACGCGGCAUGCUCAGAAAUUUCUAUCCGUUGUCUAGUUGUCCGAGCACCAAACCCACUUGCCAGACAGAUACAAAAGAUGGGGAGACCUCUAUUUAGGGACCUCUCUACUGUGCUCCUUCCUGGCUUUUUGGCUGCUGCCAGUGAAGUAUCCCCAGCCUUUGCUUUGGAGUCCUCCUGUGAACAGAAUAUUUCCUCCUGUUGCUUGGUGCUUUCCUAUGAUGCAGCAAAAUGAAACUGACCCAGUUCUUAUUCAUUUCACAGCUGCCUGCGGCCUUUAGUAGUGGCAAGGCUGAUCCCUGUCAGUUUUCUCUCUGUUGCUGGUGCGUAGAAGGUCUGAGUAGCAGCCAAGGCAUUAGACCUGUGUGCGGCCUGGCUGUUUACAAUCUGCAUGUGUGCGAUGGCUUUCUUCACAACCAGAAAGGCUAGAAACUUUUGUCAUGAGAGCUUAGCUCCCACAGAAGGUUCCCUGAUAGACUUAUCAGCAUGGGCCUGUGGAGUUUAUCAGCUUCCUGACCUACUCCCUAACUUUUAAUUGCUCCAUUUAAAGAAUACUUUCUCCUUGGAAAGCCUCAUGACCUCACUGAAGCAGGUAGCAUUGCAAUGACACCCAAGUUUUAAGUCUUGUUCGCUUCCCUGAGACCCAUUUCUCCUCUGAACAUCUUGUCUUCCUCCUCUCCCUAAAACCUCUCUCUGGCAUGGCUGUGCACCCAACACAUCAUCUCCCUGGUUGAGCUAAUAGAGAACGAUCCUGCAUUAGCCAAGAGGGGCAUACUAGAUCUCUUCAGUCUAACGUGUUCUCGGCUUCUGCAUACAAUUCCACAGUCACGCUGUGCCACUAACUGGUUCCCCUCCGGGGUGAGUUUGUUGCCAUCUGUCUAACUCGUGUCUGGUAAUGGCUUCUUUCUUCCCUCUUCCGUAAAAUCCCACCAGAUUACUUGCAUGGCCCUCUGCCCUGUCUGCCGGUAUAGUCGUCAUUCCCUUCUGGUUUUAAUUCAGAUUGAUUCAACUCUACUGCACGUAACUUGAUACCAUCAACCAUUCCUCUCUUGAUCAGUUAAACUUCUGGCUUCAUUUUAACUCUCAACAGCUUCAAAGUUUUCAAAAUCAACCUGCUUCUCUGGGUCAAGGCGACCUCCCUCGCCCUGCUUGCGGUUUCCUUGGCAUCAGACUCCGAAUUCCCACAUCCUCUGUGGCUGCAUAUCUGCGUCAACUCCUUUGUUCUGGCCACUUUGAGGAAUAAUUGUUCCCAGUGGAGGGUUAAUUUUGUGAGAGACUGCCCAGCUAAGGGACUUUGAAACGUAUUUCAACACGUUACCCUUGUGUUAGCUGGGGCUUUCCCCACUCUGUUUCCCAAAUAAAUCUGUUAGUCUUUAAGGUGCCAGAGGACUCCUUGUUGCUUUCCCUGUUACUUUAGCAAUGCAUGCAGCCUCUCUGAAAUCAGUUCACAUUUGUACGUAUCCUCUGUUUAGCAACUCCGCUAAAUCCCUGGGCAUUCAGGAUUCAUUUGCAAACCAUAUUUUUAGAUCUGCUGCCUGGCCACCCUAUCUUGCAUUAUUCCCCGCUCCCUGCCUGCUUAAAGCUGGUCUCCUCUCUGGCCUUUCGCACUGUCUCCAUAGAGCAAUCUCUCGCCACCCUGUGAAACACACGCUGCGGAAUACAGUAUCUGUUUGGCAGAGGUUGCGCUGCUGCUGUUGGACAUGCUUGUUUGUCAGACUGUCCCUGAGCCACUCGUCUUUCUUCUGCCUCUCCCGGGGCCAGUCAUGUGGCAGUCACGCCCGCUGUCCCAUUCAUAGGGAUGACAUUGCUGCAGGAGCUGCCAGCAGCAAAGCCCUGUCUUCAGUAGUGGACCUUUCAUCAUCAGAGUCCGAGAAAUGUCAGGAUCUUGAGAAGUCAUCGAGUCCAGCCCCUUGCGCUGACGCAGGACCACGUAAAUCAGACCAUCCCUGACAGGCAUUUGUCCAACCUGCUUCUGAACUAGCCCAAUGAUGGGGAUUCCAUAACCUCCCCAGAGCCCCGUUCUAGAGCUUACCGUUAGCGUUAGAAAGCUUGUCCCUGGAACUGACCUAAAUCUGCCUGGCUGCAGACUAGUUCCUAUUGCUUCUUGCUCUGCAUUCAGUGGACAUGGAGAAGACAUGAGCCCUCAUCACCCUUGAUGUGUUUGAAAACAAUCAAGUUUUCCCAUCUGCUUGCUUUUCUCAAGACUCCACAUGCCUGGCUUUUCUCAGCUGUCCUUUAUGCAUCAGGCUUUCUUUCUAACACUUGCGCAUUUCUGUUGUUCUCUGCAUGUGGUUCCAUCUUUCCUGGAGCGUGGCACCCAGACCUGGUCACAGUUGCCCACGUGUGGGAGGAACAAAGGGAGAAGAGAUGAGUGUUUGAAGUCGGUGGGGUGCAGUCUUCCCUAAUUCCUCCAGCAGUGGACCCUCGGUGUGCUCUCAUGUCCAGCAGGACUCCAGAGCUCUUACCCCAUUAGAGGGAAGAGUCACUGUUGAAGGUAGGAUACACAGACAUGUGCUAGCUCCACACGAGCCAGCAUACUAAAAGCAGCAUGGUAGCCGGGAGUAGCAUGGGCAUCCCCUUGGGCUCGCUGCCCAGGUUCUUUCCCAGGGGGUCCAGCCAGGUUUGUACUCCGGUGGCUAGAAAGAGCCUCCAGCUAUGCUAACCUGGGCUGUGCUGCUAGUUUGAGCUAGGGCAUGUCUGUCUGUCCGAGCUGGGAAGCCCGCUUCUAGUGCCAGUGCAGGCAUGUCCUAAGAGCCCCCUCUGUUCGUCAGCUCCUGUUCCUGGUCUCAGCUGUGCCCACCCCUUCCUCUUUCAUCUGUUCACUUCUCCACAUGCUUUCAUGCUGCUCCUAGGCCUGGACCAGUUCCUGUUGUUAACUCCCCUCAAAUCCGACCUCUUUGGUCACCUCCAUCUUCUCUGCAGCCCCCUCUCUCCCUGUCCUCAUGCCUGCUCUUCAGAGAUUAAGCAGACACCCUACCAAGCAAUCUGCCAUCCCCUCACCUUGGUUUGUCUUUGCACCAUGUCAGUUUCAGAUCCACAGAGCAGGCACUUUGUUUUAUGGCUAUGCACAUUAGCUGCACGAGCCCCAUCUGCAGCAGUGACACAAUCUUUUGCGUUCCCUUCCCGCCAUGGAUUACUAUGUGCCUCUCGCUCUAGCUGAGUGCAGUGGUUGCUGCUGAUGGUUCAAUCAGUAUUUAUUUUUGGAAAUGACCUUGCGUUUGUACAAAACCCACCCAGCUAGCAGGAUCCCACGGUGUUUUACUAACUAUGUACAAGAGAUUCUCAUCUGCUGAUGACAUGCAGCCACCUCUGGGGGUGAAACACACAGUCCGUUCAACAGCGCAACAUGUUAGGACACAAGCGAAGAAGGCCGUGUCUAUUUAAAACGCACGAGGGGAUUCAGGGAGGCAGAAUGUGAUUGCAGGAGGUGGAAUUUGAUCAAUGGGUUGAUGUUUUGAUGCUUGGAGAAAGCACCAUUAGAGCUCACCAUGAUGUUUAUUUUAUGUGCCCUUGGGGGAGAGGGAUUGCCAUGUGCCCAUCUGCGUCUGGAGUCUACAAUAGCCAGUUUCUCCAACCACUGACACAUUAGGCAGGAACUAGCCCUCUGUGUCCCAAACAGGUGAGUCGGCAGAAGAGAAAUUCCUCACAUGGGCAAACAUUGCCCGAGAAAUCAGGCAAAUGAUUAUUUCAAGUCUUAGUCCAAGGGGCCAGAUGUUCAAACUGCACCAUGCUGUAUCCGUUCAAGGACAGCACAUACCUUGCUCCAUGAUUCUAUGGGACAGUCUCCCAUUUCGAUCUCAGGCAGGGUUGUGGGGCUGUGCCUGUAGGCUGAAGUCAUGAUCAUGAGAGCAAACUGUGGACUGCAGUGGAGAACUAACUCUUUUAGGAGCACUUUCUUUGGGAUUUACUAAUCCACGGCACAGGGGCAGUUUGCUGUCCAAAGCUGCACUGCUGUUCACACGCUGUGCUUGACGUGACUCCCGGGAAAGGGUUAGCUGCUAUUAGGUAGAAGGGACUAACCACUGCGGUCUCACUUUGGGACACAGGCAGCCAAUGAGCAUGUGUGCCGAUGAUGUAAUAGUUUCUAACUUGCGUGUCAUUGGUUGCAAGUGGUGUUGCUUGCUGUUGGCCGGAGGAGUCUCUCUUCCUUAUCCGGUUCAGCUAAGAUCAUUAAAUGCUGGACUUGUUUU